CGUAUUUUUUUUUUCAAAUCAUCUCGCGGUAAAACAUGUAGAGUAAUUAAUAUUUAGCAAGAAAACUGAGCUUGGAGGACUAUUCAUCGUUUAUCUAUACAAAUAAAUAAAAUUGGAGGGUCUGUUUGUAAUAAUAAAAUGAGCACUUUUUACUAAAUGCGUAAGUAAGUUCAUAUACCAAAAUAUUUUUUAUUUUUUAUUUUUGUCUGUCUGUCUGUUUGUUCUGAUGGGUGGGUAGCUAUCAGCCUAAGUUACUCCUUAUAAGGAGUAGCUUAGGCUACUUUUUUCUACUACUAGUUUCGCUCUGCGGCUUCACCGCGAGACUCAGCUAGUAUGGAAUAUAAGUAACAUAAAAUAGUGAGUAGUAUUUGACUACGCACCGGGUGUAGCUGACGUCCAUGAGUGACUAUCAACUGGACUGCGAGCUCAUUUGCUUACAGUGGCCAUAAAAAACCUUAAGUACGAUCAUAUUUCACGUGGACCCCGAUAAUUCUAGUAUUCAUUGUUUAAAUUGUGUCUGCGGAAAUUAAGAACACUUUUUUCUGGCGUUUAGUUUUAGCCCCGGAUCUUUCUCGAAAAACUGUUUAAAUAAAGUAAUCGUUGGUAGUCCAGGAUUCCGAGAUGAGUCCAUUUAAUUUUAUCUAUCCCAAGACCCGCCACAUGAGUGAUGUUCAUCCUAACACGGAACUACUAAGUUGAUUCACAGUGCAUUUAAAGAGGUAGUUUCGCCACGUUGGCAUCAUUACAGCUUCGAAUGAGUUCCGUUCCUUUAAACGACUUUCAAAGGAGUUUUGCAGAUUGUUUUUGUAAAUAUUGAAAUGCAGCGGUGUUAUUGUGUCUUUACAACCGAUGUCCAUGUCCAUGAUCGUCGGUGACCAUAUACAAUCAUUUGCCAUGGGCUAGCCUUUCUCUAAUGGCAAUAUAAAAUAUAGUCUUCCACAGCAUCUUCCUAAGGAGUUUUAAUAUGCGCCCGGGUUUGUAGAGAUUUAGGUACGUGCAUGUUUUGCAAUAUGCGUCCAGGUUUAAGAAUAAAUUACUAUUAUAGUUAUUUUUUAUGGACUAUGAUUGAUUAUUAUUAUUAUUAUAAAAUUAUAAAAUAGCCUUCAAUUGAAAUAAUCGUUUUUUUACGUUAUAUUAUUUAUGAAUGUUUUAGACCUAGUUUUGUGUUAGGUAACAGAUAAGUGCUAAGAAAACAUUUCGGAGGUCAAUUUUACAGUCUAGAACUAAACAAAUAUUUAAUAACAUUGAUCAACCAACUAGUGCUAAUCUAGUAGAAAAAUCGAUUCGGUACAUAGUGUCCGUAGUUUUCUAUUGGUUUUUGUGUAAGACUUACGUAAUUAUGGCGGCCGUUGGUUUCGGUUUUAUUUCAGUAAAUCAGUUGCUAAACCAAUCUAUGGUCGACAACAGCUUAGUUUUAAUAAUAAUAAAAAUUAUGUAAAUAUAUUUAUUAUGUUUUCCUUUGUGAAAAGUUACGUGUUAGCGUUUGUGAUACUUCAAACUCAGUACAUAUUUCAAACUCGGAAACUAAAAAUUAGUCAUCGCUUUGCUUCGAUCGUAGAAUGUAUUAUGUCGCUUUAAAAAUCGUACACACUUGUAACUCAUUCAUAACUUUGCAAGUUAUCGUGCGCGGUGGAGCAACCGUAUGAAGACCAGUCUAUUGUUAUUUAAAAAUAUUUAAAAAUGCAAGGAGGCACAUAAUACCUAUUGCAAAAAUUAAAAAAAAAAUACCUUACGUUCCGAAUUCAAAUUUCGUAUGUGACCUGAAUAGUCUGUGCUUGAAUAGCCUGUGCCGGUGAAAUGCGCGGUAUUUUCAGAUGAAAAAUCCCCAAUCUAACUUUGUUAUUAUUUUUUUGUUAAAAUUGUCAGAACAUGCCUGUAAGUCCGUCUGUUUGUAAACUGGCCUCAUUUUUUAUAGGAAUAGCAGAAAUAUGGUACAUGUCAGCCCCGGUGGGGGAGUGUGAUCAUUGCUGUCCACGUGAUGAUUCCACUGACAUUCAGUACCAAUUGUUCACCAGAUUGAAUCCGACACGAUACCAGGUAAUACCAGUUGGCCUCCAGAAUGGCUUAGGUGUGACUUCGUUUAACUUCUCAAACCCCACCGUGCUGUACCUGAUGGGGUUUUCCGAAUCUACGAGAGGAGUCAGUACUACUACUCUUAGAAAUGCGUAUCUAAAUUCCGGCCAUUAUAACUUCAUAGCUGUAGAUUGGUCUCGUCUCAUUGUUUUCCCUUGGUAUGUGACAGCAGUUCGAAACACGCGUUACAUGGGAAAGCGUUUAGCUAAUUUCGUUGAAUAUCUGGACCGGGCGGGGGUGAGAGCGUCAUCGUUGCACGUCAUAGGGUUCUCAUUAGGAGCGGAGGCCGCGGGGUUUGCCGGCAAAGAGCUUAGAAGAAAAGGUGUUGCUUUGGGUAGAAUAACAGGUUUAGACCCGGCUUAUCCUGGUUACAGUCUGUCCAAUAGUGACGGGCAUCUUGCCAAGGGUGACGCCAUUUUCGUGGACGUGAUCCACACGAAUCCUGGCAUAUUUGGCUUCCCUCAAGCAAUAGGGGAUGUGGAUUUCUACCCUAAUCCUGGCAAGUGGAUCCAGCCGGGCUGUUGGGUAGACCAGCUUAUUAUAAAUAGGGAAUUUAGGUUUAUUUAUGGUUGCAGUCACGUCCGAUCGUGGAGGCUUUACGCAGAGUCAGUGGGCAACCCUUUAGGCUUCCCGGCGACUCUGUGCCGAGAUUGGAAGUCGGCCACCAGUGACUGUCAAUUCCAAGUACACGGGUAUUUAGGAAUAAGGGCCGGAUUGCAAAUGGCGGGGAAAAUGUAUUUAGAAACAAACCAGAGUCCGCCAUUCGCCAAAAAUGGACCCUAGUAUAUAAGUGUUGUGUUACCAAACAAAUUAGUGGCUAAUGUUAAAUAAAAACACGAUUAUUUAUUCAAA